ACGUGUCCGCACGACGCAAGCAAUGCAGCGGCCAGAGCACGGGACAUCCCAGCGGAAUCACCAACUCCAACUCACCUCCGCCAUCAAAGCCAGCUCUUGACGCCGGGCAGCCGCGGCCUUCUCCCUCCUCCCUCUCCCCGCCCCGCCUUGCCGUGCUAACCAUGCGCAUUUUCGUGCUCUCCGGGCAGAGCAACAUGGCCGGCCGCGGUGGCGUGCACCACCGCCGUUGGGACGGCGUGGUGCCGCCGGAGUGCGCGCCGGACCCCCGCAUCCUCCGCCUCUCCGCCAAGCAGUGGGAGGAGGCCCGCGAGCCGCUCCACGCCGACAUCGACGCGGCCAAGACCUGCGGCGUCGGGCCCGGGAUGGCCUUCGCGCGCGGCGUGCUCCCGCGGCUGGACCCCCCCGGCCCCGGCGCCGAGGUCGGGCUCGGGCUCGUGCCGUGCGCCGUCGGCGGCACGGCCAUCCGGGAGUGGGCGCGCGGGGAGCACCUGUACGAGCAGAUGGUGCGGCGCGCGCGCGCCGCGGCCGAGUGCGGCGAGAUUGAAGCCGUGCUGUGGUACCAGGGGGAGAGCGACGCGGAGUCCGACGCCGACGCCGCGGCGUACCGCGGGAACGUGCAGAGGCUCAUCGCCAAUGUCAGGGAGGACCUUGGGAUGCCGCAACUGCCGUUCAUUCAGGUUGCUCUUGCAUCCGGGAAUAAAAGGAACAUUGAAAAAGUGAGAAGCGCUCAGCUUAGUGUUAACCUGCCCAAUGUUGUAACUGUCGAUGCAAUUGGUCUGGCAUUGAACGAAGAUAAUUUACAUCUUACCACUGAGGCACAAGUAAAGCUUGGAGAAAUGCUUGCAGAAGCCUACAUCAAGACUUUCGUAACAGCAGCUUGUUAGGUGAAUCCCAUGAGGCACCUCCCAUCUUCAGUCCGCAAUAAAUAUGUUUGACAAGGGCAUUCUGCUACAAGAUCGUCUUGUGCUCGAGCACUUCAUCAUUGAAAGACAUUGUAGCAUUUGAUCUUCGGGAAUACACUGACGAGCCUCAAAUUCAUAUAUAAUCCACUAUUCCCUCCACACUGUAAUAUACCAGUUGGUCAUAAUGGCAGAGCUACCUUUGUCGUAGCAUUGGAUCAAACACUCAUGAUAUCGGUAACUACGAAAUUGA